ACGGAAUGAGUAACCAACAUGGCUGUUUCUGCGAGGGUUUCGAUGACGAAAUGCACACAAUUUCGUUCGCUUUUUAAAUUGUUUUCAACAAGCACGUAUUGUAGAGCAGCGCCAAAUUUACGAAAAGAAUCGUACGAAGUAAGCCACGAAUCUAUUUUUACGGAGGAUCAUGCAGAACUCCGAAAAUCUCUCAAAAAAUUAAUCGAGAAAGAAAUAAACCCCUACGUUGACGAAUGGGAGAAUUUGAAGAGGUUUCCCGCUCAUGAAGUUUUUAAAAAGCUGGGUUCGGCCGGAUUCUUUGGAGUAAACAAGCCCACUAAGUAUGGUGGAUUAGGAUUGGACUAUUCUUUUAGUGUGGCCAUGGCUGAAGAGUUAGGAAGCAUUAAAUGUGGGGCUAUACCCAUGGCCAUAGGAGUUCAGGCAGACAUGGCAACUCCAGCACUUAUCAGGUUUGGUAGUGAAGAGCUUAAACAAGAGUUUUUAGUUCCAUCCAUUGCUGGUGAUGUUGUGGCCUGUCUUGGAGUGAGUGAACCUGGGGCUGGAUCAGAUGUUGCAAGUAUUAAAACUACAGCUAUUAAAAAAGGAGAUGACUUUGUCAUAAAUGGAAGCAAGUUAUGGAUUACAAAUGGUCUCCAGGCAGAUUGGAUUUGUCUUUUAGCGAAUACAAGUGGAGGUCCACUGCAUAAAAACAAGUCUUUGAUCUGUGUUCCUCUCAAUCUACCUGGAGUCCAUAAGGCAAGGAAUAUUAACAAGCUUGGGAUGCAUUCAUCAGACACUGCAGAGCUGUUCUUUGAGGAUGUGAAAGUACCACAGUCAUACCUGAUUGGUCAGGAAGGAAUGGGGUUUCCCUACCAGAUGUUUCAGUUUGUUGAGGAAAGAGUUUUUGCUGGGGCUUCAGUUCUGUUGUCUAUGGAGAGACUUAUUUUUGAAACUGCCACCUACUGCAGGGAAAGGAAGGCAUUCGGCAAAUCCAUUCUAGACAAUCAGUAUGUUCACUUCCGCCUUGCUGAGCUUCAAACUGAAGUUGAACUGCUCAGGUCACUUGUAUAUAGAACUACAGAUCUGUACAUGAAAGGUAAAGAUGUCAACAAGCUAGCCUCAAUGCUCAAACUCAAGGCUGGUCGCCUUGCACGAGAGGUACCUGACUCCUGCCUGCAGUUCUGGGGAGGAAUGGGUUUUACUUCAGAAGUGGAAGUCAGCCGCGCUUAUAGAGACAACCGUCUUUUGUCAAUUGGCGGUGGAGCAGAUGAAGUGAUGCUAUCAAUCAUUUGCAAAUAUAUGGGAACAUUUCCUAAGGACCAGCAAUUAUUUUAAGUUAUAUCAUGAUAGUUAAAAAUUUGUACAUAAUAUGGCCAGGAUACUAAGUCUGGCAUGAUUGCUUGUCACAAAGGUGUAUCUAUUCCUGCCAUAAUGUGACAUUUGGUUUUAUUUUAGUUAAGAAAAUUGUAUAUUUGUGGCUUCCAAACAGUAUAAACAACACCAACCACUGUCAGUGGAAGGUCACAAAAUUGUCAGCUUUUUUCAGUAUUCUAGUACCAUUGUAUUGCAAAGUUAUGGUACCUUUGGACUAUAACAUAUUAUUUAUGUGAGUUAUCCUGGUAAUCUUUUCCUUACAGUUGACAUGAAGCCAGUGGUUCCCAUAGAGCUAUCAAAAGUUACAGUGUACCUCUGAUAUAAUUCUGAAAAUUACAUUGUUGGUUAAAAGAUGCUUGCACAAUUUCUCUCCUUCUCUUGACCCAAUUUGAAUUUCCUUUAUGCAACAAAUUUUUCAGAAUUGUUUAGUUAACGCUUUGAUAGCUUUCAUUCAUCUGAUAGGUAUUAUAUGAUAAAGUGAAUUAUAAAUGCAUUUUGAUUGUUUCUUAUUUAUGAUCUGUUGGAGGACAGAUGCAUAGAUGAUAUCACCUUUAACAUUUUGUUUUUUUUUAUCAUUUGAAACAAACAACUUUUCUGUUGCCAUGUGUCUGAACAGUAAUAGAUCACAGAAGACAUCAAAAGGUGGUACGAACAACAGUGACAAACUUGGCUGCUCCCCAUUUGCCACUUUUUUGUUCUUACCACAUUUUGAUGAUCUGUGAUCUAUUACUGAACAGACACACAGCAACAUGGAAACUAACUGAUAAUUGGAAACAGAUCAUAUUCAUUUUGUAGAGGGCACUGUUUAAAGAAUUUGCUCAAAACAGUUUUGAGAAUGGUUAACCCUUUCACUCCCAUCAGUGACCAAGACAGAAUUUCUCCUUACAAUAUCAAUACAAUACUGAGCAGAAAAGUGAUGAGAAUAUAGAAAAAUAUUAAUUAGGGGAUUAUUAGUUGAUCCAAUGCCAAAUUCUCCAAACUAACAUCACAAGAACUGUAUGGGAGAUAGUAAGGAGAAUAACUAAUGAGAUCUUGGGAGUUGAAGGGUUAAGCCUCCAUUUGGUUGGACAUGUGUAAAUGUGGUAGGAAGUUGUGCAUAUUAAAAUUGAAGACGACGGUGCGUCCCAUUUUAGUACCCAUGGCCACGCCAUUAGUUUGUUUGUAGUAGUUACCACCGAAUGAAAAGCAAUUAUGAUAACUACUGCAAACAAACUAAUGGCGUGGCCAUGGAUACUAAAAUGGGACCCAGCUACGCCAAUCUUUUUGUAGGUUUUAUCGAACAUCAAAUUUUUAGCCAAUACCACGGCCCAAAACCUCAACUCUACGGCCGCUACAUUGAUGAUUGCAUCGGCGCUACCUCCUCUACCAAAGAGGAGCUCACUCAAUUUAUAACCGCCGUCAAUUCCUUUCAUCCGGCUCUUAAAUAUACCUGGGAAAUUUCCGACACUUCUUUGGCUUUUCUAGACAUCAAAAUAAAUUUCAAUUGAAGGCAA